AUGACUGUGGAACCACAAGACGCUUACAACUUGAUCACCAAAAACUUACAAGAAGUUUUAAACCCACAAAUCAUUAAGAAUGUCCUAGAAGUGGAAAAGAGACCAUUGAAAUUAUAUUGGGGGACUGCACCAACUGGUAAGCCUCAUUGUGGUUACUUCGUCCCAAUGACCAAAUUAGCAGAUUUCUUAAAGGCUGGUUGUGAAGUGACAGUCUUAUUGGCUGAUUUACAUGCUUUCUUAGAUAAUAUGAAAGCUCCAUUAGAUGUAGUUAAUUAUAGAGCAAAAUACUAUGAAUUCACCAUUAAAGCUAUUCUAAGAAGUAUUAACGUUCCAAUUGAAAAAUUGAAAUUCGUAGUUGGAUCUUCUUACCAAUUAACACAAGAUUAUACUUUAGAUAUCUUUAGAAUGGCUAAUAUAGUUAGCCAAAAUGAUGCUAAGAGAGCCGGUGCUGAUGUCGUUAAACAAGUGGCAAAUCCAUUAUUAAGUGGUUUAAUUUAUCCAUUAAUGCAAGCAUUAGAUGAACAUUUCUUAGACGUGGACGCUCAAUUCGGUGGUGUGGAUCAAAGAAAAAUCUUCGUCCUAGCUGAAGAAAAUUUACAAAGUUUGGGUUACAAAAAGAGAGCUCAUUUAAUGAAUCCAAUGGUACCAGGGUUAACUCAAGGUGGGAAAAUGUCUGCCUCAGAUCCAAAUUCUAAGAUUGAUCUUUUGGAAGAACCAAAAGUUGUGAAGAAGAAAAUUAAUAGUGCCUUUUGUAGUCCAGGUAACGUUGAAGAUAAUGGAUUAUUAUCAUUUGUUGAAUACGUUAUUGCUCCAAUUCAAGAAUUGAAAUACGGAUCAAAUCAUUUCGAAUUCUUUAUCGAUAGACCUGAAAAAUUCGGUGGUCCAGUUACUUUCAAUUCUUUCCAAGAUUUGAAACAAGCAUUUAAAGAUGAAAAAUUGUCUCCACCUGAUUUGAAAACUGGAGUCGCUGAUGCAAUCAAUCUUUUAUUAGAGCCAAUAAGAAAGGAAUUCGAAACUAAUCAAGAAUAUAGAGAAGCUCAAGAAAAGGGUUAUCCUGUUGUCGUGCCAGGAAAGGCCAAGAAGGUUAAGAAACCAAAGAAUAAAGGUUCAAGAUACCCAGGUGCUCAAAAACCUGAACAAGAAGAUGAAUUAUCUAAAAAAUUAGAAGAUGCUAAAAUAACAGAUGAAGCUACUAAAUAA